AAAUUCAGAGCUUCGUGCUAUUUUAGAGUCACUGAUGGAUCCUACUUGGGUGGCAACUGGGUUAAAAGUCGAUUUUGAUACACUAGUGAAUGAAUGCGGAGAGAUUUCUGGUAGAAUCAGUGAAAUAAUAUCUGUACAUGGUGAAAGUGAUCAAAAGAUAAGUUCCUAUCCUAUCAUCCCAAAUGAUUUUUUUGAAGAUAUGGAGUCGCCGUGGAAAGGUCGUGUCAAGAGGAUCCAUUUGGAGGAAGCAUAUGCAGAAAUAGACAAGGCUGCAGAUGCUUUAUCUUUGGCUGUGAGUCUCUUUUUAUUUAUCUUCGACAAUCCUAAUGAUUUACAAGUUGUGCAUCUGUGUGCGCUUUAAUACUCUUUCAUUAUC